AUGUCUGAUCCUCAGGAGCAAGCCCCAGAGGCUACGGCACCUGUACAGGAUUCCUCUGCAGAAAAAGAGCUAUCAAAUGAGACCAAACAAGAGCCAUCUGGAGAUGAAAAGAGUGGGUCUCAAGACGAGAUGGAAGAUCUAUUUGGUGAAGAUGAAGGAGAGGAUGAAGAAGACGAGAAGAGAAAGGGAAGUGAAGAUGAGAAUGACGAAGGAGAAGUCACAUUGCGUCACAGACAGGAGAUGGAUGACGAGGAAGCUGAAGAGCAUGCCAUGUAUACUAGAAAGUUCUAUGGUGAAGAUGUGGAUCGUGUAAGUGAUGAAGAAGAAGCACAAGAGUUUAGAGAAGAGGAUGUGGAGCUCGUGAGACAUAUCGUACCAUAUAGAGCAACUCAGGGAACUGAUAAACCCGUGCUGUACUAUGCCAAGAUUCCAGAAUUUUUAACUAUCGAUCCAGUGCCAUUUGAUCCACCAAGUUUUGAAGCGAGUGUCAAGGAAAGGCUCGGUAAUAAGGCAAGCAAAGAGGACCAAUUAGGUGACAGACUUAUUGAUGAAAAUACUGUACGUUGGAGAUAUAGUAGAGAUGCUAAUCAACAGGUUUUCAAAGAAUCAAAUGCGCAAAUUGUACAAUGGUCUGAUGGAACAUUUUCGUUGAAACUUGGUGAUGAAUAUACGGAUAUUCUGUCCAACGAUACCGAUAACACCUUUUUCGCUGUAUCCCAUGAUCAGCAAGAAUUAAUGCAAUGUUAUGAGGGCGGUGAAGUGACAAAGACACUAAUGUUUAUCCCCACAUCGACGAGUUCACGUAUGCAUCAAAAAUUAACCAAGGCCGUCAUGCGUAGGGAUCAUAAGCAAGCGGCAGGUCCUGGUACUUAUAUUGUGCAAAAAGAUCCUGAAUUAGAAAGAGGUGAAUUGGAGAAGAAACAGCAACAGGUGGUUCGUGAAAGAAGGCGGCGUCAAGUGAAAGAGAUGGAGUCUAGGGAAGCCAGUGGUGAUCCUGACAGACGUGCAGCCAUCUCUGCAGAAGCUGAACCAAUGGGUAAUAUCCGUCGUAACGAAUACGAACAAGACGAUUUCCUUGUGGACGAUGAUGAUGAGGAGGAAUAUGCAAGUGGAUCUGGAGAAGAAGGCGAAGAGGAAGAAGAGGAAGAUGAAGGUAAUGUUAGUGACGAGGGUGCCGAAAGGUUACGUAGAUUGAAACGUGAAGGUGCCAAUAAUUACGAAGAACGCAAGAGACGUAGAGUAGCUGUCAUUGACGAUGAGGAGGACGAGUAA